CGUGUAGAGUUGCUGCGCGCAUGGCUGCCCUGGCUCGACCAGUCGGCGCGAGACUCAUGUCAUAUGAUAAUACACGGUCUCAUCUCAGUGUUAACAAGGACACUAAAGUUAUCUGCCAGGGAAUGACUGGUAAACAGGGAACACUGCACACAACACAUUCUAUCCAGUAUGGAACUAACAUGGUAGGUGGAAUAUCUCCCGGUAAAGGAGGACAAACUCAUCUUGGAGUGCCAGUCUUCAACUCUGUAGCUGAGGCUAAAGAAGUGACGGACUGUGACGCCUCAGUGAUAUACGUUCCUCCACCCUUCGCUGCUAAAGCAAUAAUGGAAGCAAUAGACGCUGAGAUUGGUCUUGUAGUCUGUAUUACUGAGGGCAUUCCUCAACUGGAUAUGGUUAAAGUGAAGAAACAUUUAUUGAGCCAAAGCAAGACAAGAUUGAUAGGACCAAACUGUCCUGGUAUCAUUAAACCAGGAGAAUGUAAAAUGGGAAUCAUGCCUGGACACAUUCACUUACCUGGCAAAAUUGGAAUCGUAUCAAGAUCAGGAACCCUGACAUAUGAAGCUGUGGAUCAGACUACUAAAGCUGGACUCGGACAGACUCUAUGUGUUGGUAUCGGAGGAGAUCCUUUUAACGGAACAAACUUCAUCGACUGCUUGGAAGUGUUCCUGAACGAUCCUGAAACCAAAGGAAUUGUGAUGAUAGGAGAGAUUGGUGGAAGUGCUGAGGAACAAGCAGCAGACUACCUUAAAGAACACAACUCUGGUCCUAAUGCCAAGCCAGUGGUGUCCUUCAUCGCAGGAGUGUCUGCUCCCCCAGGACGUAGGAUGGGACACGCAGGAGCUAUUAUCUCCGGAGGAAAAGGAGGGGCUGAGGAGAAGAUAGCAGCACUAGAGGCAGCUAAUGUCAAUGUUACAAGGAACCCUGCUAUGAUAGGAACUUCAUUAGUUCAGAUGAUGAUCUAAGAAAAACGCGAGGCUCUUCGAUAUGUCCCGGCGUAUGAAACUAACUAGGAUUUAGAUCUAAUCCUUGACUGAUUAAACUAUCUUCUGUUGCACCAUCUGAUUUGACCUUUGUGGGAAAUAAUAUUUAUACGUAGUACCUUAAACAGGAUUAAUAAGCAAAGGACGUUUUUAAGUCGUUUUUCGUUUUGGAAUUUGUACAUUAUGAAAUGUUGAUUAUAUGAAUGGAUAUUUAAGUUAUAGACAGAUAUAAA